UGGAGCCAGAGGAAUGUGGUGUUUGUGGCACGCUGCUGUGAAAAUGAAUUUGGUUUAAACUGGAACACAGCAAAAUGUUUGGGUUUUUCCUCUCUGCCCUGUCUCCUAAAGAUCUGUGGGCUGCUGUGUAGUUGUGUCAUCUUUCACAGCAGUUCUAAGUUAACUUUUGAACGCAGUGAUCCUCUUGAGGAGGCAAACAGUGGCAGUGACUGAAACUAGUGUGCAGUAAACCGCUCACUCAGCCAUGAGGGUCAGGCUGCUUUUCAUCCUGGUGGUUGCUACAGUUUUCCUGCUGGACUUUGCUCAGUGCCAGAAAAAGGAAAAAGAGGAACCAAGGCCAGCAGCAGAGAAAAGGCAAAAGGAGAAAGCCAAACCACCUGGUGCUAAAACAGCAAAGCCUGUAGUGAAGAAGACCAAAGCCACCCCCGAGCCGACCCCGCCCCCAACCCCAACCCCAACCCCAACCCUGCCCCCUCCUCCUCCCCCGCCGGUCCUGACCCAGGUGCUGGAGCGGGGGAAGUUCCAGAAGGUGGGAGACUCACUGACCGUGCAGGCGGGGGACACCCUAGAGCUGCGCUGCAAGGGCAAGCCUGUGGAGUGGGCUUUCCCAGACUACCUGGAGGAGGAGGAUGAAGGCAGGCUCAGGGUUAUACAGCAUCUGAAGUACAGCUCUCUGGUCCUAGUGAACUCAACCGGGGCAGACACAGGAGAGUAUAUCUGCUACCCAAUGUACUGUGAGGACAGUGACUGCAGAAGGGAGUACGACAGAGCAGCCAAAACCUUCAUCUUCUUUUCAGACCCGCAGGAGCUGUUCGUCCCAUCGGCGGAGUACUACGAGGUGGUGCAGCUGCGCACCAACAGGCCUGCCACGCUGCCGUGUCAGGUGACCUCGCCCGAUGCCAUGGUGACGCUGCACCGCGAGUUCCCCCCGGAGGAGGUGAAGGUGGACGGGGUGGAGAUCUCCUUCAACUUGAAGAAGGGCUUCACCAUCCACCGGCCCAAAGCGCACCACGCCGGCUCGCUCUUCUGCAUGGCCAGCUACCGGGACCUGCGCCAGAUAUCCACCAAGUACAUGCUCAUUUACGUCAACUAUCCAGUUGCUCCCCCUUCUCCGACAAUCAGCGCCUCUCUGCGUUCGGUUCAUGCUGGUCAGAAUCUGCAGGUGACCUGCACAGUGCUUGGAGAGUCGGAGGUGGUCAUUGAUUUCACCUGGGAGUACCCAGGACAAAAGAUCGGCAGACCGCCCUACACCCAGGACAGCACCUGGACGUUGCGCUCAGGGGGGCAGACGCGGCAGCAGUCCGAGACAGUUCUCAUGGUGGAUGGGGUGAGGGCCGUGGACCAGGGCACCUACACCUGCACUGCCAGCAACCUGGCCGGCUCCACCAGCGUGUCCACCACCGUCACGGUGCUGCCGGCACGGACAGCCAGGUCCAGACACCACUGACCACAGCCUGCUGGGGAGCACUGCGAUGUAGAGAUGAGAGAAAGAGACAGAAGAUCCUAGGAUCAGGAUAUAGAUUUCACAGCACUGACACUGUGAGGCUCUGUGUCAGGUGCUGGCAUACAGUAUAAGUGACUGAACUGCCUUGAAUAGUACAGGUUAUUAGUUAUCGACAGUGGCAGCUACAAUCCCCACACUGUUACAAUGCUGUUCUUCUUUCUGCUGGGGUCUGUCUAUUGGCCACACGUUAUUAAAGCCAUGAAGCUGGUUCAUUUACGAAUGCAUUUUAUUUACAAACCCAGCUAGGACUGGAUCAGAUGUGAUGUUUUCCAACACUACCCCUUUAAAUCAACUGGGUGCUAAGCAUCAAACAGCCCAGUUCUCAACCCCAAGCCAGUCUGAGUUGACCUGUUAUGUUAAGUUUUGUUACACAGAGGAGGACGCAAGAAGAGCAAGCAAGCUAGAUUUCACAAUAUAUAUGUAAACUUUUUUUUUUUUUUUUAAAUAGACGAGAAUAAAGGCAUAUGCUCUGUUUCCAAAUCAACCACCUCGUUUGUUUGGCAAAUGACCCCUUAAAAGGAAAACAGAUCCAGGUCAUUUUGUUUGUGUUUCCUCAUAGGUAUGUGCAGCAUCUUCAUUAAAGCUAAACAUGUAUUUAAA